AUGGAGGGCGUGCAGAAAACUCUGGAGGAAUUACUGACGAAAUUUUCGUCGCUGUCGACCGAAGUCCAGCAGCUGAGUACUCAGGUGGCCGAUUUUGGCGAGGGGUUGGAUGCGGUCAAGCGUACCCAGGCCAUGGAUGCGGCGGUGCGGACGGCUCCUUCGUCCUCCACCACACACCCCGCGGCAGUGUUGGUCAACAAGGGACCCCCACUCCUCCACGUUCCACCACGGCCACCACCGCCGCCUGUUCGUCGCGACGCACACCCGGACCGCCAGGCCUCACCACCACGGUCCCCGCGCGACACCUACCGUCACAAGCCGCCGAAGCACGAUUUUCCCCGGUUCAGCGACGACGCCCCGCGCCUCUGGUUUGACCUCUGCCACACCUAUUUUCAGCUCUAUCAAACGCCACCAGAGCACUGGGUUUCUACAGCUGUGUUGUAUAUGGACGGCCAUGCCGCGCUAUGGUGUCAGGCAUACAAGCGUCUGCAUGGUCUGGGUGAUUGGUUUUCAUUCAUGGAGGCAGUGCAGACUGAAUUUGGGCAGGAUGAGUUUGACGGCUUGCUGCAUCGUUUACAUCACCUCAAGCAGACUUCUACUGUCGCUGAGUACAUGCUCUCGUUUGAGGCUAUUAUGUAUCAUCUCAUUGCGCUGGAUCCGUCCUUGAAUCAGAAAUUUUUUGUCUCUCAGUUUAUCAUCGGUCUCUGGGAUGAGGUCCGCACAGGAGUGCGCCAGCACGCGCCGACGAGAGUUUCCAGAGCAGCGGCACUUGCCCGGAUUCAGGAGGAAGAAUCUGAACACAGCAAGCCGCGGGGUCGCCCACCGGUGUAUACUCGCGCCAUCCCUCCGCCGCCGGUGCCUGCAAUGGCUCCUGGACCAGUACAGCCACGCAUCGAUGGUGCUAAGCGCGGCCCGGAUGAUUUUGGCCGCGAACGGCAACUGCGUGAAUUCAGACGCGCCAAUGGAUUGUGUUUCAAGUGCGGUGACAAGUAUUCCAGAGAACAUAAAUGCAACAGGGUUGGUCAGCUCCUAACCAUUGAAGUGGGCGAUCAUGGUGAACUUUUGUCUGAUGAUGCCAUCCGUGCGCUUGAGUUGCUUGAUGACAAUCCAGAAGAAGCUGCAGCUUGCUAUCAAAUUUCAGUCCAUGCGGUAGCAGGAACAGAAUCGUCAGGUACCAUGAGGCUACGAGCAUUGGUUGGCAACCAGGUAAUGCUAUUGUUGGUAGAUUCUGGCAGCACGCAUACAUUCGUGAAUUCCACGUUUGCGUCGCGAGCCGGUUGCACGGUGCAGGAAGCAGAACCGGUGACAGUGCGUGUGGCUAAUGGCGAAACACUGAAAUCCACACAGCAGGUCUCUCAAUUGAAAUGGUGGUGUCAGGGACAUACUUUCAGCACUGAUAUGAGAUUGUUGGAUUUAGGGGCAUAUGAUGCUGUCCUUGGAGUUGAUUGGCUGGCCCAAUUCAGCCCCAUGAAUUGCCAUUGGGGACUGAAGACCAUGGAGUUCCGCUAUGGCCUGACAAAUAUUCAGUUGCAAGGGGUACGGGCACCUGGGGAGCCAACACUGACUGAAAUACGAGCAGAGCAACUGUCGAAGUGGAUUCAGGGCAAUGAGGUUUGGGCUUUGGCAGUUAUCCAGCCUGCAGAUUCUGUUACAAACAACACCAAGCCACUGCCACUAUCUUUGCAAGCUCUACUAGAGGAGUUUGCUGAUGUAUUUCAGGAACCUACCACACUACCACCACAUAGAUCGUUUGAUCAUGCUAUACACUUGGAACCCGGCGCCACUCCUCCCAAUGUUCGGCCGUAUCGAUAUUCUCCUCUUCAGAAGGACGAGAUUGAGCGUCAGGUGACUGAAAUGUUAAAAGCUGGGUUGAUCACCAAUAGUAUUAGUCCAUUUGCUGCUCCUGUCCUGCUAGUCAAGAAGAAGGAUGACACAUGGCGUUUCUGUGUCGAUUAUCGCCGACUGAAUGAUAUCACAAUUAAGAAUAAGUUUCCCUUACCAGUGAUUGAUGAACUGCUAGACGAGUUGGCGGGAGCUCGCUUCUUUUCUAAAUUGGACUUACGAUCGGGUUAUCAUCAAAUCAGGAUGCGCCCAGAGGAUGAAGCCAAGACAGCAUUUAAAACCCAUCACGGCCAUUUUCAGUUCCGAGUAAUGCCGUUUGGUGUCACAAAUGGGCCACCUACAUUUCAGUGUUUGAUGAAUUCUGUCUUGGCACCUGGUACCAGGAAGUAUGUCAUAGCAUUUUUGGAUGACAUCUUGACAUACAGUGAGUCGUUUGAUGAGCACCUGCAACAUUUGAGACUGGUUCUUACCACACUUCGGCAGCAUCAGUUAUAUGCCAAAUUUUCAAAGUGCACUUUUGCCCAGUCUUCCAUCAAUUACUUGGGCCAUGUGAUUUCAGCAGAAGGGGUUGCAACAGAAUCUGACAAAACAGAGGCGAUCCAAAACUGGCCACAACCUUCUUCACAAACAGAACUGCGAGCAUUUUUGGGCCUGACGGGAUACUAUCGCAAGUUUGUCAGGAAUUACAGUAUAAUCACAAAACCCCUGACAACUCUUUUGAGCAAGAAAGGUUUUGUUUGGUCUGUUGAAGCCACUGAGGCCUUCCUGAAACUGAAACAAGUGAUGACUACUACACCAGUGCUCGCUUUACCAAAUUUCUCACUCCCAUUCACUGUAGAGACGGAUGCUUGUGACACUGGGAUCGGGGUUGUUCUCUCGCAGCAAGGUCACCCAAUUGCGUUUCUCAGUCGCGCGCUCGGGGUCAAUAACAAGAAGUUGUCGGUGUAUGAAAAAGAGUUUCUCGCAGUGAUGAUGGCGAUCGACCGUUAG